GGGAGAGCUUAUUGCCGAAAAUCUUUGCCCUUCUUGAAGAUGCAGAAGAAAAGCAGAUGUCUAAUUCCAGCGAGUUGAUAAAAAUAUGGCUCGCUGAAAUUAGGGACUUGGCUUAUGAUAUGGAGGACAUCUUAGAUGAAUUUCAAGUUGAAUCUCUGAGAAGCAGUUUGAAUAUUACAAAACCUCACCAAGCCAGCAGUAGCAAACUCAUCCCCUCAUGCUUCAACUGUUUCAAACAGAAUGAUUUGUUGAUCUCUAAUUCCCAGACCAUUUCUAAGGUGAAUGACAUUACCCUUAGAUUGGAACGUCUGGUAAAUGAAUCCAACACACUAGGCUUAAUAAUGCAAGCUGGAGAUAAGCCUAGUGGAAUGGCUACAGGAAGGUCACCCACUACUUCUCUACUUGAACUUUAUGUUUGCGGUCGAAAAACUGAAAAAGCAGCUAUUCUUCACAAGUUGCUCAAUAAUGAAGGUGGUUCCAAAGGAUUUAGUGUUAUUCCCAUCCUUGGAAUGGGAGGCAUUGGGAAGACCACUUUAGCUCGACUUGUUUACAAUGAGGUGACAACACCAGAAAACUUUGAGCUUAAAUCCUGGGUUUGUGUCUCUGAUCAGUUUGAUGUUACAAGCAUAACAAAAGCCAUUCUAGAAGCAGUUGGGGGAAAUUGUGUUUCGAAUAAUUUAGAUUUGCUUCAACAAGAAUUGAAUAGCAAGUUAUCUAACAAGAAGUUUCUGCUUGUAUUGGAUGACAUUUGGAAUGAGAAACCCUCAUUGUGGGACGAUCUACAAAAGCCAUUCUUAUCAGGAGCAGUUGGAAGUAAAAUAAUCAUCACAACUCGCAAUAAGCGUGUUGUAGAAAUUAUAGGAGGGUUGGAUAGAGUUUGUCGUCUAGAAGUAUUGAAGGAUGAAGAGUGCUUGUUAGUGUUUGCUCAACAUGCAUUGGGAACAGACAAUUUUGAUGCACACCCAAAUUUGAAAGAAAUUGGUGAGAAAAUUGUUAAAAGGUGCAAAGGAUUGCCAUUGGCUGCAAAAACCCUCGGGGGCCUUCUCCGUGGUAAGUUAAGCUGUCCUGAGUGGGAAGACAUUUUAAAAAGUCAAAUAUGGGAGCUAAAAGAAACUGAAAAUGACAUUCUUCCGGCUUUAAGAUUGAGUUAUCAUUAUCUUCCUUCUUAUUUGAAGCCAUGUUUUGUCUAUUGUGCAUUGUUUCCUAAAGACCAUGUGUUUGAGAAGAACCAGCUUGUUUUGUUGUGGAUGGCAAGUGGGGUUUUACAGCAACAAUCGGUAGAAGCUGGUUAUAAGUAUUUCAACGAGUUAGUUUCAAGAGCUUUUUUACAGCAAUUUGGUGGGAAUGAGUCACGGUUUGUGAUGCAUGAUCUCAUACAUGAUUUGGCUCAAUUUGUAGCUGGAGAAUCGUGCUUCAAUCUUGAACAUAAGUUUGAGGUUGAUAAAAAAUUAAAAGCGAAUUAUGAAAAGGUUCGUCAUUUGUCUUGCAUCCGUGGUAUAUAUGACAUCUCUAAGAAAUUUGAAGUCUUGAAAGUCAUGAAGUGUUUGCGAACAUUCAUUCCAAUCGGUUCAAGGAGGUGGUGUUAUCUAUCAAAUACAGUGGUGCAUGAUUGGCUCCCAAAACUAAGAUGCUUGAGGGCAUUGUCUCUUGAGGGUUAUCGGAUAAAUAAGUUGCCAGAUUCAAUUGGAGAUUUAAUACAUUUGAAGUACCUUAAUUUGUCAGAAACUCUAAUUGAAAGCCUACCUGAGUCAGUGGGUUUCCUCCUCCAAUUACAAACACUGUUGCUCUUUAACUGCCACAAUUUUUUGAAGCUACCUGUGGCAAUUGGGAACUUAAUUAACCUCCAUCAUUUGGAUAUUAGAGGUACAUUUUUAUUGAAAGAUUUGCCAUUGGGAAUGAGUAAUUUAAAAAAUCUCUUAACAUUGUCCAAAUUUAUUGUGGGGAAAGAAGAUGGAUUGAUGAGAUUAUCUGAUUUGAAAAACUUCUCGCAACUUGGAGGUAACCUGUCCAUUUUGAAUCUGCAGAAUGUUUUGAAUGUUGAAGAUGCCAUGGAGGCCAAUCUAAAGAAUAUCAAUGGUGUUGAUGAGUUACUGUUAGAGUGGACUUCUGAUUUUGGUGACUCAAGGAAUGAAAGCAAGGAAGAAAUGCCGGUCCUCAACUUGUUAAAACCUCAUUCAAAAUUAAAAAGUCUCACAAUUGUUUCCUUUGGUGGCCAAAAAUUCACUUCAUGGAUUGGUGAUCCAUUUUUUUCUAAUUUAUCAUAUUUGGAGCUUAUAAAUUGUAAAAGAUGUACUUUGUUACCAUCCCUUGGGUUAUCGCCUGUUCUCAAAGAAUUGAUUAUUGCAGGCAUGGAGGCAAUAGAAGCAGUGGGUCCAGAGUUUUAUGGGAAUGGAACUUUUUCGUCACUAAGGAAGCUGGUUUUUCGAGAGAUGUUAAAUUGGAAGGAAUGGACUUCUCCAACUGGAAGUGGAGGUGAAUUCCCUUGUCUUGGCCGUCUUGAGAUUAUAGAUUGUCCAAAGUUGACAAGACAAUUACCCAGCCACCUUUCCUCUUUAGUGAAUCUUGUGAUAAGUGGAUGCCCUAAUUUAAGAUGCUCAUCUACUUUGAGUCUUAUGCCACUUAAAAAGCUUCAUAUUAGAGACUGCAAUGUUAUUCUUUUGAAGAGCAUGGUUGAUCUCACCUCUCUAACUCAAUUGAGAAUUGAGAAUAUUUCAGAGAUGUCUUGCUUGCCUAAGUGUUUUACACAGUUCUUAACAACUCUUGAGAAUCUCCAAAUUACAGAGUGCAAAGAACUUACUUGGAAAGAACAAGGCCUCUUGCCAUGGAGUCUUAAACAUCUUUUCCUCUCUAGUUGUGAGGCACUGGAGUCAUUAUUACCUGAUCUGAUGAUGAGGAAGAUGGGCGGAAGCAACAGUAAUAGCAUCGACAUGUUGAGACUUGAAGAGUUAGAACUUCGUGGUUGUCCUUCUCUCAGGUCAUUAUCCUUGCCCAUCACAGUUAAGCGGUUGACAAUAGAAGGAUGUGAAAAUCUUGAGUCUUUACUGGAUGGAAUACUGAUGCAAGAUGAUGGUGACAACAACAGUAAUCUUGAAUAUUUAUAUAUAGAGAAACAUCCACCUCUAAAUUCUUUUCAGAGGGGUCAGCUACCAGCUUCUCUCAAGGAAUUUAAAGUUGGGAAUUGCAAGGGGUUGGAAUCUAUUUCAAAGGGAAUGCUGCAUCAAUGUACAGGACUUAGAUCCAUUGAAAUUCAGAAUUGUCAAAGGUUGAAAGGCUUACCCGGCCUUGAUUGCCUCAGCAAUCUCAUUGAAUUACACAUUAACUCUUGUGACGCUUUAGAGUCCAUCCCAAAUCUGGGCUUAUGCAUCCCCCAUCUCAAGGUAUUGGCAAUACAGAGUUGUACGAAUCUCAAGUCCUUCCCAAAUACUACGAUGUCCCAGUUGAAAUCGCUUCAGGAGCUAUACGUAAGGGGUUGUCCAAACAUAGAGUUGAUUCCGUCUCCAGGUGGGAAUGAGAAUGGGGGUUUACUUUUAGAUUUACCCCCAAACUUAACAAGGGUUGGGUUAGACGAUGCAAUUCUGAAGUUCCUACUACCAAAUACGACUCAAAAACUAUACAAUCCAGUUCCAGAUGGGCAUUUGGCAACGUGGGCGGGAUGCGGCCUCCACAACCUUACCUCUCUUCAAUACUUGUCAAUUAGUUGUCGGACAUGGCCGCCAGAUAUUGUGCUGCCUUCUUCUUUAACCAGUCUUUACAUGGUCGCUGUUGAAAAUCUGGAAUCAAUACCUAUAGAGCUCCUCCAAAACCUAGACUCUCUUCAAUGUUUGGGAAUAUGGAGGUGGCCGAAGCUACGAUCCUUGCCAAAGGAAGGCUUGCCUCCCUCUCUUGGAAUACUCAACAUCUUUGACUGUCCGCUGCUAAAACGACAGCGCUUUGAGGCGAAAGGAGACCACUGGCCUCUCACCCAUACCAUCCCCUUCGUUGAGAUAGAUGGGGUUCAGGUAUUCCCAUAGGAUAGCACUGCAACCAUUUCUUAAUUACUUGACUCAAAUCUUGAACAAAUUCAUCAACAUCCUACAGGCUUAAUUACUUCAGGUAGAGUUUUCACUUUCUUUAAUUUCAUGAAUAUUUACAGAUGCAACUAUACUCAAUGUUACUCCCACAUCGUUCUAUUCUACUUAAUUUUUUUGGAUAAUAAAGUUCAUCUAAAUAACAAGAGAACCAUUUCAUUAUGAGGAUAUUCUGUACUACUACUUCAUCUUCAUAAAGCUAAUUAAGCUUUUAUUUUGCAUUUGCAUAUUGCAAGAAAUGGAUUUUAUUGGAGUUCUCUCAUAAAUUUCGCUUUCCAUAUCAGGAGAGUGCAACAAAAUGAAGGGGGAUGGCCUAUUAUAAUUGAGUAUGCUUCAAGAUCAGAUGUCUCGAUGAAUAAAUGGUAGUGUACUUGGGAUCCAUCAUGGUUGCAGUAACAAACUUCUACCCUUGAAAGGACAUGGAUUUUCUUGGAGUUUUUCUGGCAAUUUCUCUAGCCACAUCAGGUACAAUUUGAGGAUAUGUAUGAAGGUGGAUGGAUAGAGUACUGCUUCAAGGAUCAGUCUUUUGCAUAUCUGUCCAUCACUUCGGUGUUGAGAAAAACACUUGAUGGAUGCAUAAUUGAACUGAAAGGGUGGUAGAUGAAGACAAGCAGGGGAAAAAAUUACUGGUUAGUGGCUGCUUUUGGGGAUCAUUCCAAAAAUGAAUUGACUUGCUAAUUACUAUGAUGGUGAUUCAAGAAUUUAUUUUUGACGAUUUAUUGUUGUUGAGAGUUUCCAGCCUUGCCUAGAGAGAGACUUUCUAAUUAAUCUUGACAUACAUU